AUGGCUUCUGAACUUCCUCCCAACGCUCUCGGCAAGCUUGCCUCUUCUGUCAAGAACAUCGUCACAGGUGUUCCUCUGGAAGAGCAAAGCGAGACCCAAGUCGCUGCCACCGGCGACAAGACCAAGACUCUCGACAAGACUGUUGACAGGACCGUCGAGACCACCGAUGAUGCCACAAUCCACAAGGAAAAGACAGCACCAGUCGUGCACGAAGAUGUCAAGUCCCACGAGCACGAAAAGGUCGACACAGAGGUCGACCACGAGGUCCACCAAGAUCACUACCACACCACCAUUCAGCCAGUAAAGGACAAGAAUGUCCUUCCUACCAAGCAUGUCUACCAGGAGAAUGAGGUCGAGGAGGAGAUUGACCAUCGCGAUAACGAGGCCAAGAUGAAGGCCAAGGAGGAAGCUGCAAGAAUCCACAAUGAGAAGCAUGUUGAGGGUACUACUCACUCGCGAGAAUAUGUGCCUGCCAAGGAGAAUGAGCACGUUCACCACCACAUCCAUGAGACAAUUCAACCCGUCAUCGAGCGCGAGACAGUCCAACAAAAGGUCAUCCACACCAAGAACAAGAUCCACGAGAAAGAGCACUUGAACGAUGAACACCACGAAGCCACUGUCGCACCAGCCAUCUCUAUGUCCGAGUUCGAAAAGGGCGGCGGUAUCGCUGAGGGUGUUUCCAAGACCAAGGACAUUGAAAUCCCCGUGUCCAGCGUCAAGACUGCCAAGAAGAGAGAGGCUCUGACCGGUGAUGUUGACGUCGAGGAGGGUGCCAAAAUUGAAUCUAUCUAG